AUGCGGAGUAGCUUCCUGAUCCUGACCUUCCUGGGAGCUUUGGCUCUAGGAGCUCCUGUUCCUACCGUUGAGGAAACCAACUCGGCUUCUACAGUGAACGUUGCAGACGGUUUCAAGUUGAAGGUCCGACGAGGCAUCGAAGAGCCCGCUAAUAUCGAGAUUGCGGAUGGUUUCAAGAAUUCUCGUCGCGGAGAGGAUGAGGCGGCCGAAGUUGACGUGGCAGACGGUUUCAAGAAGUCUCGCCGUGGGGAGGAUGAGACAGCUAGUGUUGAUGUGGCCGACGGCUUUAAGAAGUCUCGCCGUGGGGAGGACGCACAGCCAGCUAGUGUUGAUGUUGCAGACGGUUUCUAA